GGAAACCAGUAAAAAGAGAGGAAGAGAGCUCUGGUAGUAGUGUUUUCUGAAAUGUUCAUGCAGGUCCAACUCUGAAAACACACCUAGUGAGUUGAAACAGCCCUUUCGGCGACAAAGUAUCUAAAAUACCGCGCUUGUCUUUGGGAGCUUCCGGGACAAACGUGCGCACCCUGCUGCUGCUGCGCUCAAAGAAGAGCUGCUUAACCCAAAGUUUCCGGAAAUACAGCACAGAGGGCAUCGGAGAGAGGAUGGCUGCGUACAAACUGGUCCUGAUCCGCCAUGGAGAGAGCUGCUGGAACCAGGAAAACCGCUUCUGUGGAUGGUUUGACGCGGAUCUGAGUGAGACCGGGGAGAUGGAGGCAAAGAGAGGAGGACAAGCCCUGAAAGAUGCUGGUUAUGAAUUUGAUAUUUGCUACACCUCUGUCCUGAAGAGGGCCAUCCGCACACUGUGGCAUGUUCUGGACAGCAUUGACCAGAUGUGGCUGCCUGUGCACCGGACCUGGCGUCUCAAUGAACGCCACUAUGGUGGUCUGACUGGGCUGAAUAAGGCUGAAACAGCAGCUAAACAUGGAGAGGCCCAGGUCAAGAUCUGGAGACGCUCUUUUGACACCCCUCCCCCACCCAUGGAUGAGGCACAUGACUAUUAUCAGACCAUAAGCAAGGACCGGCGUUAUGCUGACUUGACAGAGGAUCAACUUCCAACCUGUGAGAGUCUAAAGGACACCAUUGCCAGGGCACUGCCCUUCUGGGAAGAAGAAAUUGUUCCACAGAUCAAAGAUGGAAAGAGGGUCCUGAUUGCUGCCCAUGGCAACAGUCUGAGAGGCAUUGUCAAGCAUCUUGAGAGUAUGUCAGAGGAGGCUAUCAUGGAGCUGAACCUCCCCACAGGCAUUCCCAUUGUGUAUGAGCUGGACAAAAACCUGAAGCCUGUUGGCCCCAUGCAGUUCCUGGGAGAUGAGGAGACCGUGAAGAAGGCCAUGGAAGCUGUGGCUGCUCAGGGCAAGGCCAAGAAAUAGACUCUUCCCUAUGAGUGGGUUGAUCAAUCAUUUGCUGUUUAGUUAAAACAAGGUCAUUUUCUGUUUGUGUCCUCACAAACUUACACAAACACAUAUGUGCACUUUAUUUUACUAAUACCCUGCGCAUACACAAAUAUACACACAUUUUACAAUCGGCUGUUUGAUUUGAUUGGUCGAUAUUCUGAGGCACUGAAAUGGAUUUCAGCUUUGACAUUGGAUAUUAACUAUCAUAUAGUGUAAGCACUGACCAAAAUGCAACCUAGGGACCAGCAAAAUGAGCAAACCUAGACUGAUCCUGCAUAUUAGCUCCAAAUAUUCUUUCCUAUCUAAAAUCCUCACAGUAGAUGUUUAACAGUAAGACUAUAAACUAACCCUGCUUAUGUCAUAAGAGCAAAUUGAUAUGUCCUACACUGCUGAAUUUGUUUGCUGUGGCAUUGUGACAAAAAGAAUAAAUAUUGUGAAACAUUAUGUGA